AUGUCCGCGCAAUUUACUCCCGAGGAGGAGGCGACCUACGCCCGCGUCAUCGAUGAAAUUCUCGAAACUGCCGACCUCGAUACAAUUUCUCGCAAGGCCAUUCGGCAGAAAAUGGAAGCGGCCAUAAACAAGGAUCUAAGUGACCAAAAGCAUGCCAUCAAAGGCUUGAUAGAAGCCCGAUUCGACGCCGCGCAAGCACGCAAGGCUGCCCAAGAGCCAACACCCGAAGAGGCGACUCCCGAGGCGACUCCUGAUAGCGACGAAGAUGACGCUGCUACCGAUGGCGAGAUCGAGGUCCGGCCUAAGAAGCAACAAAAGCGCGAGAGCUCAGAGGAUGCCGACGCUCGCUUGGCUGCCGAACUCCAAGCGCAGGAGAAUAAGCUCUCUCGCGGACCCCGAACACGAGGUGGAGGCGCAGCCAAGGUGACCAAGAAGUCCAAACCCAAGGCCAAGACACCAAAGAAGAAGAGCGCAACACGGGUCAAGUCCGACGACGAUAGUGACAUGGAGCCCGAAGAGGUGGAAGGGACCAAGAAGCGCAAGGCCGGUGGCGGUUUCCAGAAGCCCUUCAACCUAAGUUACCCUCUCCAGGAAGUUUGCGGAGAAGCUCAGCUCUCACGCCCACAGGUAGUCAAGAAACUCUGGGAGCAUAUCAAAGCGAACGAGUUGCAGGAUCCCAGCGACAAGAGACAGAUUAUUUGCGACGAAAAACUUCAGGCGGUAUUCAAGCAGAGCUCAAUCAACAUGUUCCAAAUGAACAAGCUCCUCGGCAACCAGCUGUAUCCGAUUGAAGAGUAG